AUGCCCGCCGCUUGUUCAUCAGAUGGCCAUCUGAUGAACGUUUUGGAGCGUCCACAAGCGUGUGGAUGUACUACGAGUGAGUGCGAUGGCCUCACUUGUGGUACGGUCGUUAGUACGACUGCACAAAACCUUAGUGUACCAAACGGUUACACUUCGGAGCAAAGUUCCGGCGGCUUUGAGGAAACACAGGCUGCGCCGAAGGUCCACCACUCGAAUAAGUCGGGUGGACUGGGGAAAAGAUGUAUCCCUAGCGGGGAACAUCUAGAAGAGAAACAAUCGAUCGCUCAGGUUAAGCGAAACUACAAUCCUAGAUCGACUGGAGAGUCUUUCGUAGAGGAUCUCGCUGUGGUUGCGCAACCCCAGCUAGUGGAAGUAAAGGGAAUAAGUCCCAAGAUUACAAAUACGGCGGAAAUAAGUUCCCCGAAACCCGCGGGAAUAAGUCCCCGGGAAGACGAAGGAAUAAGUCCUUCAAAGCCUGAGGGAACAAGUCCCCAGGAAAUGACAGAGACAUUGAAUGUCAUAGUCAAUAACGGAUCAAGUGCAGGCGCUUAUACACUUGAUCUGAUUGCGCCUCCGAAGUUGACUUCGGAGAUCACUCAGUUGCCAACGCUCGAACAUAAAAGGUUCUUGCGUGAUCUGCGUAGUGGCAAAGUCAAGCAGAUCUGCGUACUCGUCGCUGACGACGAGUGUGUAACCGACAUAAGGUCAGCAACAGUGUUUACUGAGAACGAGAGAGUUCUCAGUAGUUCAUCUAUGGACGAGAGUGUCCUAGAUGAAAAGACACGAAUUGAGCGAUAUGACUCCCAAUCGUGGGAAUCGCUCAAGACAAAUCCUCUCUAUGAAGAUUUGGUUGAAUUCAAGGAUGUAUUCCCUGAAACUGUUCCGUGCGAAUUACCGAAGGAUAAAGGUAUUCGACACGAGGUCGAGCUUAAACCAGGCUCGAAGUACUGUGUCAUGAAGCAGUGGCCACUGCCUCGUGAACAAGUACUUGCGAUCGACAAGUUAUUUGCCGAUCGCUUAGCUGCGGGCCAUGUGAGGGAAUCAACUUCCCCACAUAGCUCUCCGACCUUCUGUGUGCGAAAAGCAACAGGAGGGUGGCGGAUAGUGCACGCGUUCAACAAAUUGAACGCUGCAACGGUACCGGCCUCAGACGCCGAUACCGAGGAAGGACGUAAUCAUUGA